UGCCCCGUUGUUAGCAUAGGCAUUGGAUGGACACAUCUACGUUAGCUCGGCAGAAUCGUAGGAAGUUACAUAUCAUAAUGUGAGAAUAUAGUAUGACUUGAAGGGAAUAAUUGAUUGUGUUUGAUGACUUUUUGUAUGAAUUUGAAAGUGGUUUGGGACAUUGGACAGUUAUUAUGGUUGAUGUAAGGAGAGUGGUUUCAGUUAUGCCAUGGCUUCUUCCCUUCAUAUCAUUUUCAGUUCAAUCUAGCAAGUAAUGCUAUAAAAUCUGAGCGACUGAUUGUGUUGUUAAAUCGCAAAUAAAGACACACACACUUUCUUGAAGAACAAUAUAGAACACCAAAAAUGGAAGGUUAUACAAAAAACAUCCAUUUGUUUGAAAUGCUUUGUACUCUGUGUACCAGUAAUAUUACAACCGAAGACUUAACAUGCAUAAGGGCAGCAACACACUUAUUUCUCAUCACCAGGCUGUUCCAUCAACUAUGAAGAAAUACUAUCAGCUUGCAUUGGUGAUUAUCUCACUUGUGAGUGUGGUUACAUUGUUAUUUUAUCGGCAUGAAUACAACAGACUGCGGUAUGUGUUGGAGGUUUUGAACUUUUUUGGGAAACCUGGAGGACAGCAAAGUGGUUUGGCUUCUGAUGAUUGUACCAUUGGAAAUUUAUCAUAUGGUAAAAAAUUCAUAAGUUUUACAGAAUCAAUACCUACAUGGCAAAGACUCAGCAAUACACAUUUUAUUUACUCAGCAUAUUGGGAACUGUCUGAAGAAAGAAGGGUCAAAGCUCUGUCAGUAGAAUUUGGAAAUAGCACUCCAGAUUUUGGUUGUAGUUUCUGGUUUCAAGAUAGAGACACAUCUACAUCAGGAAAAUUCAACUUUUCCAAAAUAGAAAUGAAAGAAACUGUUAAUGAAGCUUUAAAAGACAAAAACAUUCACAGAAUAACUGGCUACUAUUUAUUUUGCAGAGCUGUAGGUGUUACUGAUGUGCCAUAUGGAGUCACAUUUUACAAGACUGAUGAUGCAGUGCCUUCUGAAGCUUUUAUACCUGUGCAUUACACAAAUGAGAAAACUACAUCAUUAAAUAGCACUGCUCUUUGUAUUACAGCAUCUUCAACACCAGGUUUAUUAAAGUCGACUGUUGCAGAAUUUUUAAGCUACCACCAGCUAGUUGGUGUGAAAGAUUAUAUUAUAUAUGAUGGAGGUUUGCCAAAUACAGUUCUCUCAGUUCUCCGUGGUACAGAGGUGCUUGAGGAUCUUGGACUAGGCAUAUCCAUUCUCCCCUGGAACUUCCCUUUCCCAUCUCUACAAGCAGGAGCAGUGGCUAGGAUGGUCAUGGAGAAAGAUUGUCUUCUCCGUACUAUGGGGAAAGUUUAUAACGUUGCUGCUUUAACGUGGGAAGAAUACAUAGUACCCAGAUAUCACCACUUGCUUACAUCUAUGUUAGGUGACUUUGAUUCUGGAAAGAAGACAAAAUCAAGGUUUGAAAUUCAAACUAUAACAUUCUGUACUGACUUUCCUGAUGAUGAACAAGCAGAACCAGCAUUUCCUUUGGUACUUCGUAAAACUCAGUAUAGUAAAAUAAGUAGCAGUGAACGUCCAUUUUAUGUGUAUCGCCCACACUUGAUCUUAGCCAGCAAGAAGCAGCUUGCUCUGACAACACAGCAUGUGUCUCAGGGAAUAGCUGCAGUGCAUCAAUAUGCAUUGUGCUCCCAGAGUGGGGGACACCUUGCUGACACAGCAUACCUUAAUGAACCUGCCAUGCUGCGAUUUUCAAAUGAUCUGAAGAGAUCAAAAUUGCUCAAGGCAUGGUCUUCUGGUAGAUUAUUUACAUGAGUUUCAAUUUCAAAUGAAUUGCAGAACAUGUAUCUCACCCACUCGAGCAUGAAAUCUUUACACUCUUCAUUGAUUGUUUUAUUCAUUGGUAUAUUAUUUAGAGUGAAAUACUCUGAACUACUAGAUUAUUAGAUUUUGAUGUUUUAACUUCUCCAGAGUCUCAAGUAGCUGUGUGGGUAGAUCAGAGAUCUCCCACUUGGUAUACCAGUGUCUAAUAUGUGCUUAUUUGUGUGCAAUUUAUUGCAGACAAAUUUUUGUGUGACAAGUUGUUACAUUCCCUUUACAUUUUAAACCUUAAUAGCUGACUACUGUUAGAAGUUGGGGGUAGUUCAGUAAGUAUAGUGACUGGUUAUGGGAUGAAGAAGUGGUUUGUAAUCACAGUGGGGAUUUUUUUAUGUGUUGUUUUUACAGUUUAGCGUGAGCAGAGAACACCUUGUGGGCCUGUCCAUAUCUGUCUGUUCAUCACAUUUUUCCUACUAAUUAAGCAGUCUGCAUGAAGCAGGAUCAUUCUUGGAGCAUAUUGUUGCAACAGUGGGGUUCGAGGUCAUUCAUGAAACACAUUGUUGUGACUGGGGAAUGCAAUUGUUGGAACACAUUGUUGCAACAUUGGGGAUGUCAUUGUUGGCUCACAACAAUGACCUUUGAUACCUUUGCUGCAUUUGUUAUUCCUUUCAAGAGAGAUGUAAGCCCACAGUUCCUUUGAGUUAUUGUUAUAAAUGAAGCAACCUACUGAUGUCACUGGCUGUGAUGUAUGAAGGACACCUUUGGAAUUUUAGCGUACUCCAAAGAGUACACCUUUCCUAUUCUUUUUCUUUGCCACCUUGUCCAGACAGGGCGUGAGGCCCACCCAGUUUCCUGUUCAGUGUGUUCCAGAAUAAAAGCAGUUGGAGCAUGAACCUAAUCAUUUUAUUCUAUUUAAUACAGAUAUUCAGAAUGUGUGGAGCUAUACCUCUACUUUCCCAUACACUUAUAUGGUGUGGCACAUCGUUACUUCUUUAAUGUUGUUAAAUAACCUGUUCAUUCAGUCAAUAAUUCUCUGAUUGUUAUAAUUGUUAUGGUCAUUGUUUUGAGUGUCCUGUAUUUGUUGCCUAUUAAAUGCAAGAUAUUUAUGACAUACUGUGAAUGAUGGUUUAUGGGGAGACAAGGUGUACUCAUAUGAAUUUGUUCAAAAUGUUCUCCCUACCAGGAAGUUAAUAAGUUUAUCUGUAGGUUAUUAAGUGAUAAUGUUAUCAACUGUAGAAUUUUGUAGCAUUGAAAUAAAUUAAAUGAUAGUAAGUUUGAAGGAGCUGUAGCCUUGGUACUGUAACAGCAUUCAUCCAGAAGAACUGAAGAAAAUCAUGAAAACCUCAAAAUAACCAUAAUGAUUAUUGUUAUACAUCUGUCAUAGUGUGAAGAAAGCUUAUGGCAUAUGUGUCUUUUUCUUUCCAACUCUAGAAACUGUGGACAUGUUUUAAUUAAAUUUUAUAUCAGAGUUAUUAACAGAAAAUUGCAAUGGCCAUUUUUAUUUUUAUUAAUAUUGACAUUAUAGUAGUAUGGACUAAUUUUGUAAGAGAUUAAAUGUGUAUCAGUGUAAUACUGUGUAUUGUGUACGUGUAAUGAAAACCUUAUAACAAAGAAAAUCCGGGCUCCAGUAAUUCACAGUAUUAUAAACUUUCAAUUAAAAUCCUGAAUGAUAUAUAGUAUGGCUUCCAGAAAAUUACUAAUUAGAGGUUUUUCAACAAAAUGUUUAGUUGUGAUCAUUUUGUUAUGCCUUUUGCAGAUUUACAGAUUUGAAAGGUUGUGGACUUGUAGGGAAUUGCUCUGAUCAUUAUGUGUAUCAACAAAGUUAAGUUGAAAAUAAUAUGCAAUGUCUCAUGGAAGCAUAGUGAAAUGUGCUAGCAUAGUUAUCCUUUCCCAUGAAUGACAUACUGUAGCAUGGUGUAUCAUGGGAAAUUCUUUCUCUAGGUAGGAUUUAAGGAUUUGAAAGUGGUGAGUCCAAAGAUGGCUGUCUUCUGAGUUGUAGCACUGUGUAGUCUGGUAGAAGUUUACCAACAUUUCAGAGGUCCUUGCUGCCUCCAUCAUCAGGCCGAUGAGUAACUAUUACUAUUAGUGCUACUCAUGGAGGCAGGAAGGACCUCUGAACGUUUAAAAACUUCAUCCAGACUUAUAACGCUACAACCCAGAAAACAGCCAUCUUCUUUUUCUAAAAAAUAUAACAUGUUAUUGAUGACUGUAUUAUUUCUAAAAAGUUUAUUUAAAUAUUUAUUCUACUUCAUAUUAUUGACCCAUUGUUGUCUCCUUUAAAUGGAAAUGAUGUAGUCAGAGCAGAUAGCUCAAAGAAUUUGCCUUUUGUCAUGAUGUAGUUUUAUGGGCGUUAUGGCUGCCCUUGAGUAGAGUUCAGUAUUUGACUCAUGAUUAAAACUAAUUUGUAUUAAAGAAUUAAAAUUUUAAUCUUUAUUGUACAGGAGUAGGUUUUUAAUGCACUAUACUAUAGGACUGCUGGCUGAGCUUUAACUCCAUGGUUAGUGUUUCAGUGUUUGGAUACUAUGAAGCAUGGCCGGCUGGAUUAGUCAUAAGCCAAGAUGCACUGUCAAUAAAGAUUAAAUUCAUCCUGAUACUAUGGAUCUGGUGAAACCUUCUGUAAUUGUUAUGUCAUCUUAAUUAAGGGUAAUAAUUAGUCAAAGCAGUUGCAUGACAGUCUAGGCAUUCAAUUGAACAUAAAAGUCACAAAAUUUGUAGUGAUCUUUCUUGUGCCUGUAACUUAACUGGUUAUAAUUUUUUUAUAUAAAACAGUACUGAAGGCAAUCAUUCAUAAACUGAAGUAUUAUAUCCAUCAUUCAGGGAUUCUGUAUUAUAUUAUGUAAAACUCACUUUUUACUUCUUGACAGACACAGACAUGGUAUUCCCGUGCCGUACCACAUCACUACAUCCAGUGUAUCAUAGCCUGUAACUCUUAUUUUUAUUGUGACAACAGUAUGUCUAUAACAUCUUCUGAAGAACAUGUGGAAUUAUUUGUACACUUUGUAGAACAAAAAUCAAGUGCUUAAAAUUUUUGAAGUGUCAUACUCAAUCAUUUGUAACCUCCUUGUAUGUUUUUUUUCUGUACCUUCCAUUAACAUUAUGUAUACCAGACCCAUGUUAAAUAAAGACACCAAUGUGUGCCUAA